AUGGCCAGCCCCGCGCGCUCUCCAGCGCAAAGUGCUGCUUCCUCUGAGACAGACGGUACGGCAGAUGACCUGCUAGAGAAGCUCCUGCAUUGUGAUGAGCAGCUAGCAGAUCUGCUGAGCACAGCAUCGCAAGCGGUGCUGACACUUGCACCUGCUUCGGACCAGGCAGCCUCCUCCUUUGAUGAGCACAUGCAGGAAUGGUUCUCGAAACUGAAUGAUGUGCAAAUUACACUACGCCAUGCCGCGCAUGCACUUCGUCAAGCGCGACUCCCGCCUCUUAUGACGCCAGCCACAGCACAAGCACGCUUGCAAGGCGAAGCCGGUGUAGCGGGCCCCUCUCACACACUCUCCCACAGCACGCCAUACAGCUUAUCUACGCUACGUCUACGUGAGGCGGCCUGGCAGCGUAUCGCCGAGGCGUUAGCCACGGGGCCCACCGACAACUCGGCGUUAGCGUUGCCCCUGAUUCGCGGUGCUUCGCUGGCUACCGCGGCACGUGAUUCUACCCUAGGCGCAUAA